AAUACCAAAAGCACUAAAAUAGCUAACUGCUUCCCUUCUCAUAUCUCCUCAGAACUCUCCCACUCUAGAAAAAACUCAGCUAAGUUUUUUUCGUUCGGGAAAAGAAACCAAACCAAACUACAAACUCAAAGCUUUCUUUCACAAGAGAAACUUGUCUGUCCAUCUAUCUCUGACAAGUCUAGUUUACUGGUGUGCUUCUAGUCUAAAAUCCGAAGCUCAUAAUGGGGGAGGAAGCGAAGAAGCCUGCAGCAGAAGAAGAGAAAAAACCAGAGCAACCAAAGAAAGUAGAGGAAGAGAAGAAGAAAGAGAAGCCAGCUGAAAAACCGGCGACCGAAGAGAAAAAACCAGAGGAAACAAAAAAAGAGUCACCCCCAGCCCCUCAAGAAAUUGUACUUAAAGUUUACAUGCAUUGUGAGGGUUGUGCCCGUAAGGUCCGCAGGUGGCUCAAGGGCUUCGAAGGAGUUGAAGAUGUGACUACUGAUUGCAAGACUAGUAAGGUGGUUGUGAAAGGAGAGAAAGCGGAUCCACUAAAAGUUCUUGAAAGAAUUCAAAGGAAGAGCCAUAGGCAAGUGGUGCUUAUCUCUCCGAUCCCAAAACCUCCCUCGGAAGAGAAGAAGAAGGCUGAGGAGAAGGAGAAGCCGAAAGUUGAAGAGAAGAAAGAAAAGCCUCCCGUGAUCAUAGCGAUGCUAAGGGUAUACAUGCAUUGUGAAGCUUGUGCACUGGAAAUCAAGAAACGGAUACAAAGAAUGCAAGGUGUGGAAUCGGCUGAACCAGAUCUUAAGAGCUCACAGGUGAUAGUGAAGGGAGUGUUUGAACCUCAGCAACUAGUUGAAUACGUGUACAAAAGAACUGGGAAGCACGCAGUGAUAGUAAAACAAGAGCCAGAGAAGAAAGAGGAAGAGAAAGAGAAAGAGAAAGGAAAAGAAUCCAAAGAAGAGAAAAAAGGUGAAGAAAGUGACAAACAAAAAAAAGGUGGUGGUGGUGAGCAAGGAGAAGGCAAAGACAAAAAAGAAGGUGGUGGCAGUGAGGCCAAAGCAGUAGCAGCACCACCACCACCACCUGCAGAGGAAACUACAGAAGAAACCAGGGUGGUAGAGCUCAGGAAAAUGGAUUUUUAUAAUUAUUAUUCACCAAGAAGUUAUGAGCACUAUUCACCACCUCCUCAGAUCUUCAGUGACGAGAACCCCAAUGCAUGUUCUGUUAUGUAAAACAGUUUUGAAAAUGAAGGGCAAGAUGGGAUUGGGGAAAAAUAAUUACGGGCGAUAAAUUUGCAGCUUAUAAAUAAUAUAUAUAUCCUGCUUCCAUGUGCACCCUCCCUUGUACUCCUUCAUAAAUGUAUAAUCUACAGACAACCUGUGGAGUUUUUGUGAGGCUUGUAGUUU